AUCAGUUAUCAUUACGUUUCACACUUCACUAACCAAUUUUGUAAUUUUAAGAUUAAGUCUUGUAAAAUGCAAGUUUUAUGAUGUCUAUCAUUUUACAAAAUGAAAACCAUAAAUCAAUAUUAUAGAAGAGCGUUGUACAAACGGGUCAGAAGUCAUAGCGAUCCAUUGAUAAGUACUGGAUUGUUUUCUAAUAAGUCUUAUAACUAAACAUGACACCAUUCAGUUCCACGCAUUAAAAGCCGGGGUCAUUUUUUGCUGGAAGUGUGGAAUGAUUACGUACUUACGAACAAGUAAUUUCACUGGAAAACUGGUUUAUAUCUAGUAAACCGAUGCAAAGCGUCGGGUUAUGUCGUGUUUAUAUAGUGAAUAAGAUAGUUUUAAGGAUGUCUUCCACUAAGUUGACGUAUGAGGAUGCAAUUCACAAGUUGAACUUGUUACAAUCAAAUAUAGCAACAAUUAAGCAGAUCCGUAAGGACAUUAAGGCUGGUCAAGAAAAUACAAAUCUUAAAGAUAUGAAGAACUACCUAAUGCGAACUGGUGUAACAAUGCCGAUGUUAGAUCAACUCUCUGUGAUUCAUGUGGCUGGGACCAAAGGAAAGGGUUCAACUAGUGCGAUGUGCGAAUCUAUAUUACGGGCGCACGGUUUCCGCACGGGGUUCUACUCGUCACCGCAUUUAGUGGUCGUGCGGGAGCGCAUCCGUCUCGAUGGGCGAAUGCUUUCAAAGUCUCAAUUCGCUGAAUAUUUCCAUCAAGUUUAUGAUGCACUAUAUGAAUCGAAGACAGUCGAAGGGGACAUGCCGAAGUAUUUUUCCUUCUUAACGGUCUUAGCAUUCAAUGUGUUUCUUAAAGAAAAGGUUGAUGUAGCCAUUAUUGAGGUGGGAAUUGGAGGCAUUGUAGAUUAUACUAAUAUUUUAAGGAAAGUUCCAAUAGUGGGUAUCACGUCUUUGGGUCUUGAUCAUACAUCAAUAUUGGGUAAUACGUUGCCAGAAAUAGCAGCAGCUAAGGCGGGUAUUAUGAAACCGGACUGCGAAGCGUACACCAUGCAGCAACCGCCGGAGGCUGUGGCUGUGCUUCGAUCGGUCGCAUCUAAUGUCCAGUGCUGUUUAACCACAAUUCCCGAAUUUCACACGUACAAAUUUCAAAACGGCUAUAAGAUUUCUAUAGAACUAGAAGCUUACAGAAUCAAUGCGUCUCUUGCCAUACAACUGUCACACGCUUGGAUGCGUAAAGCGAGACAUACCAUAAACAAUAUAAAUAAUCAAGAGUACAGUGAUAUGACAAAUAAUUAUACCGACAGUGACAAUAAAUGUAUAUUAGUAGACACAUUGACCAAAGAAACUGUCAUCGGUUUGAAAGAUUGCAACUGGCCAGGAAGAUACCAAGUAAUAAAAACCGAUCAUGUCAAAUUCUUCCUAGAUGGAGCUCAUACAAAAGAAUCUAUGGCCAUAUGUGUGAAGUGGUUUGAAGAAAAUAACAGGGAUCACACGAAAGUUUUGAUAUUCAGUGCAACUGGUGAUCGAGAUGCCACGCUUCUUCUGAAACCUCUAGCUGAUAUCGAUUUUCAAGAUGUAUAUUUCGUUAUUCCAAAAGCACACAAAGAAGUAACGGACAAAAAUGAUAAUUAUUCAAUGUUGGAACAAAGAGAAUUAUUAUUAAAAUGUGACAAUCAUGCCAUGACAUGGAAGCUAUUGAAUAAGUUGUCAAAAGUCACCAUACAAGAGUGUGUGUCUGAUGUUCUUCAAUGUAUUAAUAAGAAAUCUAACGUUUCAGUCUUAAUAACUGGUUCAUUACAUUUAGUUGGAGCUGCUCUCUCGAUUAUAGAUCCGAAUCUCAGUGAAGAUGUAUAACAUAUUCAAAAUAAAAAUCAUGUGAUAUUAAUCGAAUUUUUGUUUUGUAACAAAACAAGUAAAAAAUAUUUUU